AUGUCCAAUUACUCCUACAUCAUUCCCGCGACUGUACGGGUAUUGGUGGUACCGACUCAUGGUUGCACUAGAGGAGAUUUUGAUCGGUACAUGGAAACGAUCCGGGCCGGGGCCUCUGAAGUACGACUUCUUGAUAUGACUGCAAGACCCGAUCUUAGGUAUUUCAAUGCCCAAUCAUUCCCCCAGGGCCGGAUAAAAUUCGAAUUUGUAACAACUUCUCCAGAAUCUGAAUCGUUAUUUCUUCAUGAUUUUGAACCAUUCCGUAAGGAAUUUGUCGUGUUGGGUCUCUCCAAAUACUGUGACACGGUACCUUCAGACUUGAUCGAUUUGGCCAAGGCUCAUCCUACGGCUAUCAUCCACAACUCGAUUGUUUUCGAUACCCCAACUGACCAAAUUGAUCGACUUCUGCCUCCCAAUGAUCAUUCCCUGAAAUCAUUAUUCUAUCAUACGGGUCCAAAUUGCAUUCAGUCACUCAUGUGUGGCGUGGCCGACAACUUUCUCAUUGCGUUAGAUAACUACGCAUCGUCAUAUACAAACAUCACACUUCGAUCACCCGUAUCGAUCAGUAACACCAGUCAAAUGCUCCCAAGAACCAUUGCCAAGGCACAAAAGAGACUCAGUUCCAGUUCUUUCAAAAACGGUAGUAGCACCAGUAUCAGCAUAUCCUCCAACGGUGGUGGAGGCAUAGGAGUCGGAGGAAGUGGUUCGGGACAAUCCAAUAAUGGAGGGUCGUUGGCCAGUAUAGAUAAAUCGAAACCGUCAAGACAAGCGGGACGUCAGGCAAAACUCAUGGGGAACUUCUACUUACUUGCUGGGAUGUACUCAGAUGCCCUACACCACUUCACUGAAGCAAGCAUAGCGCUCAAGAAAUGUGACGAUCAACUUUGGCUUGGGAGCUCUCUUGAAGGCAUAUCUGUGUGUACCUUACUUUUACUGCAUCUUGGGAUUAAUUAUCAAAUCCCUUCAACGUUGUUGCACUCAAUCUUACAAGUGCCGAAAAAUAGACUUCUGAUACUGACUGGACUUAAUCUCCACCUCCCAGAAAAUGAUCGUCAUUCAUCAGAAUCUUCACAAACUAGAAGAACUUCUGUGUACUCCCCUAGAAACUCUACCGCAAGCAGUAUUGCCAACUUCCAUCCUUCAAACUCAGAUAACCUCGACGCUCUUCCAGUGCCAGAGUUCAUACGAUUCACUCUGUCGAAAGCCUUCCAAUGUUACCAUUUAAGUACAAAUGAUUUUGAAAAUAUGGUCCCUGAUCUUGUCUAUGUGGACACGUUAUUCCGGUACAUCAAGUUUAUGGUUCAUGUCUAUCUCGGUGGGGAGUUCACUCCGGAAGUUAUCGACAAUAUUGUCAAUUCUACCCCACAACCACCGGUGAAAGUUGGUGGAACUGUCACAUCUACCACAUCUCCAAUUUUCUCCAAACAAGAGAUCCUACGUGAACUUGAAAAGGUAUUUUCACUUCAAUUGGCUGAUCUAGACACCAUCCAACAAUGUCGGGUCUAUUGUGCCUUAGCCAGUGUAUAUUCAGACUUGGGUCUUGAACGGAAACGAGCAUUCAUCUUGAGAAUUUUACUUAUGGGAGUUCUUCCACAACUUGAAAAAAAUACUCAGGAUUUGAGUAAUAGUAUUUCAUCAGUAUCCUCCAUUUCUUUUGAAGAUGGACUGGCUGAGCUGUAUGGGUUCAGGGACAUUUUGGAAGACCUUUUCAAAGUGUACGGCAUUGCUCUUGAACCAGAGAGCAGUUCUUCGGACGCAAAUAAUAACGCAGAGACUAGUUGGCACACUAUCCAAGUUCCAUUAUUGAAACUUUGUCUCCGUCUUUGUGAGGCAGUGGCGGAUUGGGCAUAUGCCAUAAGAAUUUGUACUGUGCUUUUAACUAGAUUCACUCAUUGUCUUUCAUCUGAAGAUCAAGUAGAAAUCAAGAACAAAUUUGAUUCAAUUCUGCAAUUUGCUAAACGGAAUAACCUUGCCAUAUCUAGUCCAUAUUGGGACCCAUAUUUGGUACGUGGUGUUAAGUUCAUUAGUAGUAGAGCUACAGAAGAAUUGGUGCCAUUCACUGAGAACAUGAAGGGAGGAGAGGGACUCCUUGCGGAGAAGAAAUCCGCAAAUACGUCGUCAACAAAGCCUUUUGUUUUCAAUCCAUAUGACAAGACUAAACGUCACGAGUCAAUGGAUCGUGACAAAUUGUUGAUCAAAGAUGAUACAUAUCAUUUGAAAGUGACGUUACAAAACCCAUUUGCAUUUGAAGUGGAGGUCAAUGAUGUGACCAUUGAAACAGAAGGAGAAGUUCAAGUGGAAACCUUAAAACAAUUACUAAGACCGGUAAGUUCAGUAGUGCAAACUAAUUUCCCAGUUACUCCUGGUACCCCUGGCGGUAGGAAAAAACCUUUACUUCUGAACUCCAACACCACCAAACAAAGAGUCCCCACUGCAAUCAACAUUAAUGCCAAUGCCAUUUCAUCGAUCCCACAAUCACUUUCAUCGAUGUAUAUUGCACCAAACUCAUCACGUCAAUUCGUUGUCCCCUUCAAACCACAGUCAGUCGGGGAACUUCGUAUCGUUGGAUUCAAAGUGUCAAUGUGUAAUUGUACAAGUCAAUUAUUUCAAAUAAUUGAUGAAGAACUGGUUACUAACCUUUCCAAAAUUAAAGUACAUAACACAACUUCAGAAACUGAUACACUCACGACGUUAAUCGAUAAUUUACAGGACAAUAAAGUUGAUGCUCGGACUUCGACGCAAUCUCUUACCCUCUAUGUCAUCAAGCCACAACCUUCACUUUCAUUGACAAGUAUGCUGAUUGAUAACGGUUGGUUGAUGCUUUUACAAGGUGAGAAAUAUAACUUUCUGAUUAGACUCAGUAACGUCUCAUCUGAAGAAAUUAAUUAUCUUUCCUUUUCAUUCUGGGAUUCUACUAUUGAUCAACUCAAUGCAAGACUUUCCGCUGCAACUAGUUUACAAUUACCUGCUUCCGAUGUGUAUGAACUUGAGUGGUACCUAGUGAAAUUCAAGCCUUUCAGAAUCACCAAUAAGGAUGAAAUCACUGAUAAGUAUAGAACCAUUUUACCACAAGAUGAUCUUGUAAUUGAAUAUGAAAUCACGGGGAAAAGAGGAAUUCGUGAACUGAAAAUGAUCUUGGAAUAUUCCAAUAAAGAUCAAGAGACUCCGUUGAAAAGUUUUGUUAAAUUUGUUCAUGUCCCCCUUCAAUUAACUAUAUUACCGUCGAUGGAAAUGAUAGCAUUUGACAUAUUCCCCUUGGUUGAAACUUGGGUGGAUGAGCUUCAAAAUAAUGGGGCUCAAUCCCAAUUGGAAAAGUUACAAUCUAGUCAUAAGAGCAUCGCUCAAGUAUUGGAGUUCUUCUCUCGUGAGAAACAAAUUUCUGACUUUUGUGUCUUACUGGUUGAUUUAAAGAAUAGUUGGCAAGAGACUCUUUGGACUCAUUUGGAAUAUAAAUUUGAAGGUUUUGAAUAUGUCAUUAGUGAAAAAAUUGAAGCUGGGAAGGCUGCAAGAUUUUUUAUCCCGGUACAUAGAAUCUCGGAUCAUGACGUUGAAGUUACUAAAAGGAUUCCUUCAUUGUCAAACAAGCAGUUCGUGAAGAAUUACCUGAUGUCUGACGAUGAAGAAAUGAGUAUGAGAGAAACAUUUUGGUUAAGAGAAACCAUAUUAGAAAGAUUACUGGGGGAUUGGAGUACAUCUGAGAAAAUUGAUGGAUCCAAUCGAUCUGGUAUUAUUGAUUUACGUGCCUUAAGAUUGAGUUCAAGAAUGGUCAAAACUUUAACCAAAUCAACCAUUCAUAUAAAGCAUGAAGUAUAUAUGGAGAAUGGAGGCAAAAUGAUUAGGAAUGGCAUGAUUAAGGAUGGAAGCAAUUAUGAAUUGCAAACUGAAGAAUUCUAUACACUUCGAACGAUAGUUUGCAAUGAAUCUACAAGAGAAAUAUCUGGGGUACUUCGACAUCUCCCUAUUCUUUCAGAUUUGCAACAUCAACCUCAUCAUAGUGGGUAUAUUAGACCUCAACUUAACAUUGAUCGUCGAGUACUAGUUCAUGGUGUGCUUCAAAAAGUUGUCAAACCAAUCAAACCAGGGGAAACUAUGGUGGAAGACCUCAGUUUCACCAUCCUUGAACGUGGCCAAUAUGAAUGGGGCACUAUUCUUGAUGCCGAUAUCCAAAUAGUAAGUCGUGAACCAGUCAUGAUUACUGCUGCAUAG